GACUCACGCGUACGCUUGCUUACUGAAACAUUUCUCCUUUGACUGCCUUCUCCGGGAAGGCUUCGCCAUUAACCGCCACACGAGUUCCUCAUCGCUAAUCGCCACCGCCCACCGGUGAGAUCUCCCAAGAUGUCGACCACCACCGCCACCAGCAGGACGAGGCCCGCGCUGAGCAUGAAGCUCCUCAUCGACACCAAGGAGCGGCGCGUGCUAUUCGCAGAGGCCAACAAGGACGUGGUCGACUUCCUCUUCUCCCUCCUCGCCCUGCCCGUCGGCACCGCCGUCAGGCUGCUCGGGACGGAGUCCAUGGUCGGCAGCGCCGGCAGCCUCUACGCCAGCGUCACCAGGCUCGAUGGCGCCUACAUCCUGCCCGGCGCCGACCUGGACACGCUCCUCCGGCCGACUGUCUCCCCGCAGGCGGCGGCCCCCAACAGCUCCCUCCUCACCCUGCCAGACUCGCCGUCCAAGGGAUUCUUCAGGUGCGGCCAUUGCCACAGUCCCGGCCACGUGACGGACGUGAGGGACACCAGGUGCCCUCGAUGCGGCGCUCUGAUGAAGGACGCAAUCCAGUGCAUGCGGCCCGAUUCAGGAGGAGCCAAAGGGUUCGUGCAGGGCGUCGUCACGUACACGGUGACCGACAGCCUCACCGUGACCCCCAUGUCCGCCAUCUCCAGCAUGGCCCUGCUCAACUCCUUCGCCAUCAAGGACUUUGCCGCGCUCCAGGAGAAGACCGUGCGGCUAGGCUCCGUGGAGGGUUUGGCGAUUCUCAAGGCGUCGCUGCAGUCCAAGACAGUGCUCACCGAUGUUUUCCUCGCAUCCCAGAUCAAUCUACCUCCAUCCAUCUGAAAUUAUUAUUUCCUAAAUUAGGUUAAGUACCUAGUGCCCUUCGGGCUGUGCUUGGCCUUCUCUUAUAUGCAAUGUUGGAUAUAUAUCAUGCUCGAAAAUUUCAAGUACUAACUUCAUCUUAGAAAAAAACUGCUCUACGUUUUCUAUUUAGUGAUGUAUCUAAAACUAAAAUAUAUGUAUGUGCAUCUAGAUAAAAUUGAGAGGCUGGAGCUAUGCUCCUUUACCGGAAAAAAAUCUAGAUAAAAUUAAGCAAUUUUUGUAUGGACGGAGAAAAUUCUACUACAGUACUGCUAGGCACAACUAAUCGCUAAUUAGCAUGGAAUGCCAUUAAUUACCCUCGUUCAGUGCCGAGGCUUGUCUACUUAUCAUAAUCUUAAUCCUAUCUCCUUUAGUUGAUGAUUGAUAAUUUGCUUUCAUUGCAUUUUUAUGCAUCUCACGCAUGCGCGGUAUGGACACAAAAUCUUGGGAACUUGAUUGGGGAGGUGCGCCUUCAGCCGGAGGAGCGGGAUGAUCCCACCUAGGCGGUCACCGACAUGAGGCGCGCCGUAACGGAGACCUGCACCGGCCCGAUGGCCUCAUCGGGUCGCAUAUGUAGUUGAACAAGGCCGCUCGUCAUCUUUUAUGGGGUGUCUGGGCUGCACUCUCCCCACCAUCAUCGACGGGAUCAGUCGCGGCGUGUCCAGACUGUAGAUGUCGCCGCCAACACAUCCAUCACAGUGGAUUCUGAUCACGCUCGUCGUCCUCCCACUUGUCUUCUUUACGGUAGGCACGCUCUGCAGCUUCGUCCUACCGCGUCCCCCUACAUCGUGUCCAAGCGUGAGGUGAAGGAGGAGUACACGACGCCCGCGCCUCGGCGUAGGCAGCGUCCAACGGCAGCAACAACCUUUCCCGCCCGAAGCCGGAGGUGAAAGUGGAGGUCAAGGCGGAGGGCGAGGAGACCGUCACCGCCAUGAAGAUGGCGGCCCUUCUCUGCCAACAACGUCUCAUCGAUCCCAGAGAUAUAGCGCCUUGAUGGAGUCGUUGAACGACUACAACGCCUAGGAGGGAAGCAUCGAGGACAUCGUCGCCUUAUCCAUCCGCAACAUCAUGAUCCGUGGGCCGACACGGAAGACGACGUCCAACGGUAUCAACGGCCUGCCCCGCCCGAAGCUGAAGGUGAAGGUCAAGGUCAAGGCGGAGGACGAGGAGGCCGUCGGCGUCAUGAAGAUGGCGGCACUUCUCUGCCAGCAACGCCUUAUCACCAGCCAACGAUGAUCCCAGAGAUACAUCGCCUUGAUGGAGCCAUUGAACGACUACAACGCCUAGGAGGGAAGCAUCGAGGACAUCAUCGCCUUAUCCAUCCGCAACUCGGCAGGUGCUAGUCGACCUCACACACGACAACGACAAAUCAGAUCACACACAAUCCGAUGCCUUCUAUGGAACGCAGUUUGGGGGCGCCAACUAGAGAUGCUCUUAAAUAUUCAAAAAUCUUACUGUGGAAAACUUUUGAACCAAACAAUCAGUUCAAAAAUUUGUCUUCACGUGCUACUGAACCAAAGAAACUCAGGAAAGCAGUUCCGUUCUUCCGAAAGCCUGCUCUGUUUUCACAAAAGCAGAACCGACCUGUCAGAGAGCAGGGGCACCACGCCGAAUCUUUGACUGCUUCCUCCGGCCAAGGCUUCGGCUUCGACACUACACCACCACCAGGCCAGUUCCUCUUCGCCACGAGUGAGAGAUCUCCUGGGCGCAGUCCGAUUCCCCUGCCACUGGCCAGGCGGCGGUGGCCGGCGUCUGCGCGAGAGGGUUCGUGCAGGGCAUUGUGACGUACACGGUGAUGGACAACCUCACCGUGACCCCCAUGUCCGCCAUCUCCAGCAUCACCCUGCUCAACACCCUCGGCGUCAGGGACUUCGGCGCGCUCCAGGAGAAGACCGUGCGGCUCGGCUCCAGGGAGGGUUUGGCGAUUCUGAAGGCGUCGCUCAAGUCCAAGACCGUUCUCACCGACGUUUUCCUCGCCUCCGGGUCCAUCUAGCGCCAUCUUCUAAACUGAAUUUAGCUAAUCAAUCAAGUGGUCUUCAUGGUUUGUCCUCUCUUACGCAAUGCUGGAUAUUAUAUGAUGCUCGAACAAUUCAAGUACUCGUAGACUUCUAGCCGGGGCGCAACUGAUCAUUAAUUGGUAUCGAAUGUUUGCAGCUAAUGUGUUUGAUUAAGCUCGUUUAAUGCCGGCUCCCGUCUACUUAUCAACUUAA